AAAGCUUCCCGUACGACGCCAUGCCACGAAGCAGCAGGCCCGGGCCCAGAGCACAGAGAGCCGAGGGCCGCAGGCGCGCGGUGGCGCGGAAGAGGCAACGGCUGCGGCGCCCACUCCCCUAGGUCCCAGCGCCCCGCCGCUCGCCUCCUGCAGCCCGGCGCCCGCGCACUCGGCUCUUUCCGCCGCCGCCGUUGCCGCGCGCUGCCCCGUGCGCCCCGGCACCUUCGGCAAUUUCCGUCGAGCCCUGGCCGCCAUUUUCUCGCCGCUUGUGUGUGUCGCUGGCUGCGUGGCUCGGUUCUUGUGAGCGAAGCUUUGUCCGGUUCGGCAAUGGACGGAAUUGUCACUGAGGUUGCAGUUGGUGUGAAGAGAGGAUCUGACGAACUACUCUCAGGCAGUGUUCUCAGUAGUCCGAACUCUAAUAUGAGCAACAUGGUUGUUACUGCCAAUGGUAAUGAUAAUAAAAAAUUCAAAGGAGAAGAUAAAAUGGAUGGUGCUCCUUCUCGUGUUCUUCAUAUUCGAAAAUUGCCUGGUGAAGUGACAGAAACUGAAGUUAUUGCUUUAGGCUUACCUUUUGGUAAGGUGACCAACAUCCUUAUGCUGAAAGGAAAAAAUCAGGCUUUUUUGGAACUAGCGACAGAAGAAGCAGCUAUUACAAUGGUUAAUUAUUAUUCUGCUGUGACACCUCAUCUUCGUAACCAACCAAUUUAUAUACAGUACUCUAAUCACAAAGAACUGAAAACAGAUAAUACAUUAAACCAACGUGCUCAAGCAGUUCUUCAAGCUGUGACAGCUGUCCAGACAGCAAAUACCCCUCUUAGUGGCACCACAGUUAGUGAGAGUGCAGUGACUCCAGCCCAGAGUCCAGUGCUUAGAAUAAUAAUUGACAAUAUGUACUACCCUGUAACACUUGAUGUUCUUCACCAAAUAUUUUCUAAAUUUGGUGCUGUAUUGAAGAUAAUCACAUUUACAAAAAACAACCAGUUUCAAGCUCUCCUUCAAUAUGGUGAUCCAGUAAAUGCUCAACAAGCAAAACUAGCUUUAGAUGGUCAGAAUAUUUAUAAUGCUUGCUGUACCCUAAGGAUUGAUUUUUCCAAACUUGUGAAUUUGAAUGUAAAAUACAAUAAUGAUAAAAGUAGGGAUUAUACUCGACCUGAUCUUCCCUCUGGGGAUGGACAACCUGCUUUGGAUCCAGCUAUUGCUGCAGCAUUUGCCAAGGAGACAUCCCUCCUAGAGACAGAGAGGCAGCGAGGCAGAGAGAGAGUGAAAGAUUCUACAGCACCGAAGCUUCCUUCAAUGCGAUGGGGGCCGGGCUCGAACCUGGGUCGCGCACGUGGCAAAGCAGCACACUAUCCAAGGCUUCCUGUUGCAGCUGUUCCAGGAGCUCUGAGUCCUUUGGCUAUUCCAAAUGCUGCUGCAGCAGCUGCUGCAGCUGCUGCUGGCCGAGUGGGUAUGCCUGGAGUCUCAGCUGGUGGCAAUACAGUCCUGUUGGUUAGCAAUUUAAAUGAAGAGAUGGUUACGCCCCAAAGUCUGUUUACCCUCUUCGGUGUUUAUGGAGAUGUGCAGCGUGUGAAGAUUUUGUACAAUAAGAAAGACAGUGCUCUGAUACAAAUGGCUGAUGGAAACCAGUCACAACUUGCUAUGAACCAUCUUAAUGGACAGAAAAUGUAUGGGAAAAUUAUUCGUGUUACUCUGUCUAAACAUCAGACAGUACAGCUACCUCGAGAGGGACUUGAUGAUCAAGGGCUAACAAAAGAUUUUGGUAAUUCCCCAUUACAUCGUUUUAAGAAACCUGGAUCCAAAAAUUUUCAGAACAUUUUUCCACCUUCUGCUACCCUUCAUCUGUCCAAUAUCCCUCCUUCAGUAGCAGAAGAGGAUCUACGGACACUAUUUGCUAACACUGGAGGCACUGUGAAAGCAUUCAAAUUUUUUCAAAGAGAUCACAAAAUGGCUCUUCUUCAAAUGGCAACUGUGGAAGAAGCUAUUCAGGCCUUGAUUGAUCUUCAUAAUUACAACCUUGGUGAAAACCAUCAUCUGAGAGUGUCUUUCUCUAAGUCAACAAUUUAAAAAUGGGGAGAUGAUUAAUUGGGGGUGAAUCACAUUGUUUGGUGUCAUCACCUAAUGACUGUUCAGAAAAGUGGGGACCAGAGUUUGAUUUUUUUCUGUUUGUUUCCUUUUUUCUUUCAUGCUGUUAUCAUUCCUUGGUUAGAUAACAAAAUGGCGUUUGUAAAGCAGAGUUAUUAACUGCUAUAUUUCAUCUGUUUAGCGAAGCCAUUUUUAUUGUCUGUUUAAUUUUUUCAGUUUGAUUUUACUUUUUUUUCAACUUAGUUGACAUACGUGCCUUAAAAAGGAAAACUAGUGUUGCUAUUGUGCAUUUACUAGAAAAAGGAAUUGGUUGUCUAGGGCACAUUGUUAUAUGGAAUUACAAUAUGUUUAGGCAGGGGUGUGUAAAAAGGUUAAGUUUUUGUUUCUCCUGCUUGGAACUUAUUUUGAAUUAUUGGCU